AUGUCUCACCCUCCUGCUGGUACAUCCAUAAGGAACCCCUCAAGCUCAACUGUUGAUGAAUCUGAUGAGGUAGCUUCCUUUCGCAAUGAUGAUGUCGCAAGCACUGGUCACCCUUCUAUGGCUGUAGGCGCUCAGUCCAUGAUCCAUUAUACGCACAGUAUAUUUAGCGGAGCCAAUGGUUUUGGUAAUAGAUCCGUCGCCACAAGCUCAAGCUCUCUAAGUAACACUUCUUCGGACGCGAUAGGUAGCAACGGCUCUGUUUCCAAACAAAUUCUGGAUAAGACGAUGAAUUUUCUCGUUUCUCUCAAUUCAAAGAAAGCAAGACAAGAUUCCAUGAAGAGUGUAUUGCUCCAUUUUGUGAUCUAUGGCUACAUGUUGUUUUGCACGGUUGUACUAAGCUCGGUACCAUCAACUUUGUAUGAAGAGGGAACUUUAUCUGCUAGCAACGCCGAUUCCAAAGGUAGCGCACCUUUGUGGGGCGUCAUUGCUGGAUGGAUUCAACGAGUGUUGUUUUAUCCCAUCAAUGCAGGAGCUGAACACUAUUCGUAUGUGGUUGUGAUUGCUUUAUCAGCAACCUUUGUGUUUCUGGAGGCGUUGACUCUAUUCAUGUAUUAUGUGUACUACAUGCUUCACUCAAGAGGUCACAGAUUCAGUGAAAAGGUCAAGAAACUUGUGCUUCCUUUCACUAUUUUCAUGUUACCCUUGUCAUAUUGGAUGAUUUGGCUUCACUGUAUACCCAUGUCUUCUUCCUUUAUGUCGUCUCGUAACGAAUAUUUCCCAUCAAUUGUUACCAAUUCAACUUUGAAUAUUGUAUUUAUGGCUAUUGGAAGCAUUGGAGUAUUGCUUAACAUCGUUAUAGGUAUCAUUGGAACGAUUGUUACAUGCGAGACAAUUCCACCAACAGCAACAAGAUUUGCAUCAUUUACCAUUGAUAGACCAGACAUUGUGAUCGCCAUUACGUUGUUGAAUCAACUCUCUGUCGUUUUCACUGUGAUACUGAACACCAAUAACGUUAUUGCUUCAUCCGUCGUUAAAUUUAUUUUGAGUGGUUUGGUGUCCAUUUACUUUUUACGAAAAUGUCCUUACUUUAAGAUUUGGGAGAAUGGAGUAGUGUUUGGUUGCCUCCUUGCAAAAACACUGGGAAGUAUUGGGCCUUUAGUAGCAGGAGCUAUUAAGCCAAUUGUUAUAACACAAUUGGAGACCAUAGGUGGACUCAUGUUUGGAAUUACUGUCACUCUGCAAGUACUGGGAUUUUUGGUCGGUACUGUGUCACUUUCAAUUUAUGUUAGACUUUUAGUAUCUUCAGUCAAAAAAUAUAUCAGCAAUACGAUGACAGAAUUUCCAGACAAGUCUGGUGCUCAUCAAAUCUACUCCUCGUUCGAAGGUCGAAAAUCAAUGAACCAAUUGGUGCUCUAUUUACGACUCUCCAUAGAAAGCGCUUUUUCAGAAUCUCCCUCAGCACUUGACGUUUCAUUACAGUUUUUAAAGCACUGCAGCAACAAAUCAUGCUCCAAUGUGGAUUUCUUGUUAGUCGGUGCAGUAAUAGCGACGUUUUAUUCAUCUCAUGAGGAUGUUUUUACUUCAAAUACUCAUGCAAUGAAUAUGUUGAUAAAUGCAAAGAAAAAUAAUCCAUCUCAAACGCAGAAGUAUAUGAUUUUACUUAGAAGUAAGGAGUUAGAAAUCAAUACGGAAAAGAUAUCCAAUAUUAGUGUUGAGCUGAGACAAGCUUUGCAACGUAUUCAGAGGAAACAACAGGCGAUUUCAUACUUUCAUAAAGAGUUCUUCAAAGAACUUUUAAGUGAGAAACCAUCGCUCACAAAGCUAUUGAAUAUCAACAGAUCAGCUACCAAAUUGUUAUCAGAUUGUGAUAGUGGCUACAGAACGUUAUAUUCUAAGAACUCGAACGACAAAAUUUUAUUAAGGUCUUAUGCCAUGUUUUUAGAGUCAUUUAAGUGGGAGUUUGAAGCCGCAAACGAACUGUUAGAAGAAGCCAAUGCAGCAGAUGAUGACGACCCAAAAAAGAUUGCAACAAAUGUGACAAAAAAGCAUUCACUACCCUACAAAUUUAACAAGAGUACUAGAGUUCAUCCAACUUCUUCACUUAAUGCAUACCCACAACCAAAAAAGAUAUCACAGGUUGACAAGACUACCGAGGAAGAAAUGGGACGGAUUGAAGACGAAGAUAAUUGGGAGUCAGUGAGCAAUGGUGGAGACUUAGAUAAGAAAGAAAAUGUGUUACGAUUAAGCAUUAAUACUACUGAAGAGAACACUAUGAUCAAGAUAUGGUUUGCUGCCUUUUGUCUGCUCUCUAUAGUUGUUGUACCCAUUUUGUUCGCAACUUCCAGCAUUAAGUUGAAUCAGGUUUCAGCACGCGUUGCGUUAGAGGAAAAGGUCUGCUCGCUCAGUGGAAUUCCUCAUUUAAUUAUUGCACAAAUUCGCUCUGUUCAAUCCAAGUACAGAUAUUCAAACACACCGGAAAAGAAAGCGGAAAUUCCUUUUGUAGUCUCUAAAGCUACGUCCCAACUCAAAUUACUGUUGGAAAAAGUUAAUAGCGUGAAACUUGCUUCAACAUCCGGUGAGUUUAUUCCGGAAGUGGUUACUACUUUCACAGACGUCAAAUGGCCAUACUAUAUUCCAAUUAAGCAGAAUAAUGAAUUUGCAGACCCGAUUUUCGAGGCUGGAAAUUCCUCAAUAAGCCAGUUCGUGGACUUAAUGCUCAUCCAGGGAUCACAAAUUUUAACAUUGAUCGAUGAUUUGGAGGCAUUUAACCUUACACGAUCCAACUUUCCUUUCUUGGUAUUCUACCUCAACCGUAGAGAAAUGACCACGGCCUGUGACAAUUUUUGUACAUCAUUCAUUCAAAGCUCCAAAUCUGAGAUCUAUCAAGGCAGUAUAGCAUUCUACAGCGUUUGUGGAGUUGUAUUGGGAGUUUACUUGGCAUUCUCUAUUAUUUUUAUUGUGGUGGCAAGAAAUCACUUGUUACAAAUUGAAAGAAUUCUCAAGUAUAUAUUUAUUAGCAUUCCAAAGGAGGAAAGCGGUCGUGUGUUUCAUAGCUUAGAAUUCAAAACUACUCAUCAUAGUUACAAAGAAACUUCAUCUAUAUUCACUCCAUAUUUGAUUUACAUGCUAGUCUCGUUGUCGAUCAUUGUCAUAAUAGUAAUUUCAAGCAUAUUAAUAAUCAUUGAGUUCGAUAGAAAUGUUUCAACCUCAACAUCAACAAUGCAAACAGUAAGCUUGUUGAACACCGUAGUUAGAACAUCAAUGAGAGUUAAUUUCAGGCUCAAUGAGCUGGUUGUUAAAAGCAAACUGAUGUUGAUUCCUUGGAAUAUUGUCAAGGAAGAUAAUAUGCACGAGUUAAGAAAUUGUGAUCAAGCCUGGAGGGAAAUUAGUGUUGGAGGUGCGAACACUGGAUAUGAGUCACCAAUUUCUGGAUUAUCUUCUGAAAUUGACGUACUUUUUACAGGAACUUGCAACAGUACAAAUUCCACUCUUACGAACAAAACACUAUCCUUUCAUGAGAUUGAUCUUUAUUAUGAAUGCCAAGGCAUGAAUCAACUUGUUUCUGAAUUCAUUUCUCAAGCGAUAGAGCUAAAUAAUGACUAUUACUCAAACUAUUACGAUCAACAGACAGCGAUCACCAUUUAUUUCAAGAACAUUUACUUUGUAUCCAUUUCUUUUGCAAACAAAUCGUUUGAGUUUAUUUCAAAAUAUGUUACGUAUGCCAAGAAUGCCAGCUUGAGCCUUUCAAUUUCUGCUUUUGCUAUCAGUAUUUCAUUAUGCUUGUUACUGCUAUUAUGGAGCUAUUCCACCCUUUCAAAAUAUUGGGAUGAAAAACACAAUGCGAGAACAUUAUUGAAUUAUAUCAGCGGUGAAGCCAUUGAUCAAAAUGAAGACCUGAAGCAGUAUGUAAUGGCUCACAACAUUCCCAACAAAUACCCAAAACCUGUCCAAAAAUUCACCAACAUGAUGGGUCUCACUAAUCAUUCGGUUUCCUCUGAUCUUUCUGAAGAUCCAAUGUCCAUGACCAAAUCCAUUAUGAAUGCAGCUGCAGAUGGUUGUAUUGUUUGUAACCCUGAAGGCUCCAUUGUAAUAUUUAACAAAGCUGCUGAGAAUAUGUUUGGAUAUCACCAAAGUGAAUUAUUGGGAGCUCCUCUGACUUCUCUUUUUUCAAUAGCAGAUCAACAAAAGAUUGAAAAGUCCAUUUUUUCAAUUACCUCUUCUAAAAACGCAUACACUGAAACAUUUGAGCUGUCACCUGUUCGAAAGAAUAAGACUUGUUUCUCUGCAUCCGUUUCGAUAUCCAUUAGUUUUUUCAACAAGAAAUCCAUCAUUGCAUGCUUUGUCAAGGACAUUACAUCAGAGAAGAAGCAAACUGCUCUUAUUAGUGAAGAAAAGAAGAAGAGUGAAGAAUUACUCUUAAAUAUUUUACCUUUACCUGUGGCUAUUCGUCUCAAGCAAGGUGAAACUUCUAUUUGUGAAAAAUUUAAUGAUUUGACUAUACUCUUCAGUGACAUGGUUGGAUUCACAUCUAUGAGUAGUACAAUGACUCCUAAUGACUUAAUUGUCAUGCUUGGGGAUAUCGUACUAAAUUUUGACAAGCUCACUGAAAAAUACUAUAUUGACAAGAUUAAGACCAUAGGCGAUGCCUACUUUUGUGUAGCGGGCGCUCACGCAAGCAAAUCAUCCGAUCAUGCUGAGCGAAUGCUUAAAUUUUCAAUUGAUGUAUUUGCAUUUUUGAAUACAUUCAACAAGCAAAACGGCUGGGAAAAGAAAAUUAAUGUGAGAAUUGGACUUCAUACUGGAGAUUGUGUAGGAGGUGUCAUCGGUUUCAAGAAGUUUGCAUAUGAUUUGUGGGGUGACAGCAUUAAUGUCGCUAGUAGAAUGGAGAGCACUGGAGUACCAGGCAGAAUUCAUAUUUCUAGAUCCACCUACGAAAGAGUGCACGAUUUAGGAUUUGAGUUUGAAGAACGAGAAGGUAUCCAAGUCAAAGGCAAAGGAUUGAUGAAAACCUAUUUACUUGCCAGCAAACAUCAUUUACCUGCUAUUGAGGAUGCACCUAUUCAAGAAUAA